GACGGGGGUAAUUGAGACAUCCUACCGCAAUACUUUUGCUUUGAAAGGUUGGUCCUAAGUCGAGGAGUCUCCUGCUUCAGGCGAAACGGGAAACAUUACUACAAGGACAGUUCAAGCUACUUGACCUGAACGUUUAUUGCCACGGUAAAUGUACAGGUGCCACCAUGCGUAGUGUGCACCUCCUGGUUCCCGCCCUGCUGCUCCUCCUGGCCUUCCCAGUCUCCAGGGGACGCUACAACGAUGACUUUGAUGACGGCGAGGACAUCGCGGACUUUGAUGACAACGACUUCGCUGAGUUUGAGGACAUGAACGACGAUCAAGCGGCAGAGGCAGAAACUGCUCCUCCUCCUCGCGCCUCGCCGUCCUCGCAGCCCGAAGAGGAGGAGGAGGAUGAAGAUGAAGCCACUGUGGAGCUGGAGGAUGGCCUGGAUGGCUUUGAGGACUCCGAGGCACAGGAUCAAGACAUGUACAGUAAAUAUGACCAGGAGGAGUUCGAGGGGAUUGGGGACAUGGAGAAGGGCCACUCCAUGAAAGACCCCCUCAUAAUCCACACGGUUCCGGCACAUCUGCAGAACAGCUGGGAGAGUUACUACAUGGAGAUCCUGAUGGUCACCGGCCUGUUGGCCUACAUCAUGAACUACCUCAUUGGCAAGAACAAGAACAGCCGCCUCGCUCAGGCCUGGUUCAACUCGCACAAGGAGCUUCUAGAGAGCAACUUUGCACUAGUUGGUGAUGACGGCACCAGUAAAGAAGCGGUGAGCACCGGGAAGCUGAAUCAGGAAAAUGAGCACAUCUACAACCUGUGGUGCUCUGGACGUGUGUGCUGUGAAGGCAUGCUGAUCCAACUCAAGUUCCUGAAGAGGCAGGACCUGCUCAACGUCCUGGCCAGGAUGAUGAGGCCCAUCGGUGAUCAAGUGCAAAUCAAAGUAACUCUUAAUGAAGACGACAUGGACACUUUUGUGUUUGCCGUUGGCACUAAGAAGGUGAUGGCGAAGCUCCAGAAGGAGAUGCAGGACUUGAGUGAGUUCUGCGGUGACAAGCCCAAGUCAGGGGCCAAGUUUGGGCUUCCUGACUCUCUGUCUAUUCUAAGUGAGAUGGGCGAGGUCACGGACGGGGUGAUGGACAACAAGAUGGUGCAUUAUAUCACCAAUAAUGCUGAAAAGAUCGAGUCCAUCCACUUCUCGGACCAAUUUUCUGGUCCAAAAGUUAUGCAAGAGGAGGGUCAGCCCUUAAAGCUGCCUGAGACCAAGAGGACGCUGUUGUUUACAUUUAAUGUGCCUGGCAUGGGCAACACUUCCCCCAAAGACAUGGAAUCUCUGCUGCCUCUCAUGAACAUGGUGAUCUACAGCAUCGACAAAGUCAAGAAGCUCCGCCUGAACAGAGAGGGCAAAAUGAAAGCUGACCGGAACCGAGCUCGUGUGGAGGAGAACUUCCUGAAGCAGACCCACGCUCAGCGGCAGGAGGCCGCACAGACCCGCCGGGAGGAGAAGAAGAGGGCCGAGAAGGAGAGGAUCAUGAGCGAGGAGGACCCUGAGAGACAACGUCGCCUGGAGGAGGCGGCGCAGCGACGUGAGCAGAAGAAGAUCGAGAAGAAGCAGAUGAAGAUGAAGCAGAUCAAAGUGAAAGCCAUGUGAAGGACCUCCACAGAGGUGCUCUGCUGCUGUGGCUCAGUCGCGCUACACACACGCCCGGCGCCUCUCGGCGUGUCAACCUCCGCCGUCUCCACCACCUGCUCCACGUCCAACACAAAUGACUGAGAUGACUGUCCAUGCCAAGUGGGAGGGACUUUUGCCUCCACCAUAUCACCACAAUUUUUUUUUUUUUUUCUGCCCUUCGAUUUUGUCAAAAUUAACUUGAGCUCUGUUUGAAAGCCGUAUCACUUGUUAAGCUUUUAAUCUUCAUCUUCUGGGAAAGAACACACUAUUUGGUGGUUUUGAGCCACAUUUUUAUAAAGCAUUGCUGUGUUUUCAUUGGAAAUGUAUUUGCAAUAGUAUAACAAUAAUAAGGACAUUUUAACUUAUAUCUGAGGUUGUUUUUUUGCAGGCUGUUUCUAAUGAUUAUGCGAGCAGAUGUAAUUAAAUGCACUGGAGCAUGUUGGAGAACUA